GUAGAUUCAGCCAGGAGGAGAAUCGAAGCAGUUUCGUUCGUUUCACGGACACAGUCAGCUUGUUUUUAUUUUAUUUUAUUUAUUUAUUUUUUUAAUUUUUUUUUUUUUUUGGGGGGGGGGGGGGGGUUGUUUGUUUUUAAAUAAAACAACCCAAACGUUUAAUUGCCACACAUCAUUGUGGACAUGGAAGACAAACCUGCUUUAUACUACAACCCGUCCGUAGGAAAGGCGGUGCGAGUCGCAUACAAGUAGUUGAUUUUCAAAAAACGGGACAGAAAAGUUUGGAUUAAAGCGGAGGAAAAGGAGCAGGCCUCGACGCACCACUGCAACAGGUCUCUACCCAAAAACAAACAAAAACAAAAAACAAAAAAAAACAGGUUCUGUACAGAAGGGGCUGAAAAUAAAUAUAUAUAAAAAAAGUUUAACAUUCUACAAAAUUGUAAUUCGAAAUUAAAGAAUUUUAAAUAUAUCGUAUUCAACUGAAGAGGAAUUAAGUUUAAAUGCGUUACGGAACUAAAAUGAUGCCGAUGUUUUUGACAGUGUAUCUCAGUAACAAUGAUCAGCAUUUUACAGAGGUGCCCAUUACUCCUGAGACCACCUGCCAUGAUGUGGUGGAGCUGUGCAAGGAGCCUGGAGAAACAGAGUGCCACCUGGCAGAAAUGUGGCGGGGUUCAGAGCGAGCCAUAGCAGAUAAUGAGCGAAUGCUUGAUGUUGUCCAGCACUGGGGGAACCAGAGAACCGAAGUGAGAUUCUUCCUUCGGCAUGACCAGCCACCCAGCAGAGAAUCGGGGGGACCCAGACCCCAGGAUCAGACUGUCAAGAAGAAUGGCGUGAAAGGUCCUGUAGACAGAAGGAUGGAAAAUGGGGUGGGAGUUCCCCGGAUGGACAUGACUUUGUCUGAACUGCAGGAGAUGGCAACAAGGCAGCAACAGGAAAUUGAUGCUCAGCAGCAGCUACUAGCUUCCAAGGAGCAGCGUCUGCGCUACCUCAAGAUGCACGAUCAGAGGCAGCAGCAGCAGGCGUCCGAGCAGGAGAAGCUCCAGAGACUGCGGGAAAUUGCAGAGAACCAGGAGGCCAAGCUCAAGAAAGUACGAGCGCUAAAGGGACAUGUGGAGCAGAAGCGUCUCAGCAAUGGCAAACUUGUGGAGGAGAUUGAGCAGAUGAACAGCCUGUUUCAGCAGAAGCAGAGGGAGCUGGUAGUGGCAGUGUCCAAAGUGGAGGAACUCAGCAGGCAGCUGGAGAUGCUGAAAAAUGGCAAGAUCGACAGUUUUCAUGACAACAAAGGGGCUGUUGCUGAGCUGGACCGACUUUACAAGGAGCUGCAGCUGAGAAACAAACUGAACCAGGAACAAAAUGCAAAGCUGCAGCAGCAAAGGGAAUGUUUAAACAAGCGCAACACAGAGGUGGCAGUGAUGGACAAGCGUGUGAACGAGCUGCGAGAUCGCCUGUGGAAGAAGAAGGCAGCCCUGCAGCAUAAGGAGAAUGUGCCAACUGUCUUUCCUGGUAAAGAAAAUUCAACAAAAGAAAACCAAAACAAAUAUUUUACAAAGAAGAUUGUACCUGACAGCAAUGCAUCUCAGCAGACGGGUUCACCCCAAAGUAGAGUGGCUGCGGUCGGUCCGUAUAUACAGUCCUCCACCGUGCCACGCGGCCCCUCCAGACAUGAGCUCCUGAUCAAGCCAGCUUACCCUGAUGGCACGUCCACUCUGCCCGUGCAAGACGGUCCCCUGAAAACACAGACGCUUCCAAUGGGAGGAGCUGUGAAAACUGCUGCAGAAGAGCUGUUCUUACUAAAGCCACUAAAAGAACUACGGGCUAAAAGACAAGGUUCAGGAAGCCAGGCUCCCAGGCCACCUGAGGCCAGCACUGACUGGAGUAAUGUAGACCCCUCUGCGGGUCAUGGCUCGGUCUCCACUCUGCCCAGGACAGGGACACACAGCACUGCAGAGCAGGAUGACACGGACAUAAUGUUGAGAGAAAAAGACAAGAAGGUACGUCCUUUCUCCAUGUUUGAAUCGACAGAUCCGUCCACUGGCGUAACGUCCACAGGAGGUCUUCGGAAAAACCAGAGCAAUGAGGACCUGCGAGAUGCACAGAAUGCUCCCAGGAACCCAGUGAAAAUCCCACCCCCUGUCCCCAGCAAGCCCAGUAAAAUAAACCUAUCUUUCAUCAAUCCAUCCAGCCAGCCUCCAACUAUUGACAGUACACUGGAGGGUUCGCAGAAGCCUGUUUUGGUUGCAGGGACUUUUCCUGGCAAAACCAAGCUGGUAACCCAGCAGCCGCAGCCCCUGGCACAGCAUUCCUCUCAGCAGAUCCAGCAAAGAAUCUCUGUAGCCCCCUCCCUGCCAGCCACAAGUCAAAGCCACACCCUCCCACUGCCCUCCAAACAAGAGACUCCCCCAGCUGCCACUGUGCGCCCCUUCACUCCACAACCACCAGCUAAGGAUGCACCACCCCAACCCUUCCACAAACCACAGACUGUGGCAGCCAGCUCUAUUUAUUCAAUGUACACACAGCAACAUACCCCAGGCAAGAACUUUCAGCAAGCCGUGCAAAGCACACUAACCCGUGCACAGACCCGAGGGACGCCCUUCACUAGCGUAUAUGGAAAACCUGUAAUCGUAGGAACCAGCAGCUUCCAGCAGUCACAAGGACAAUUCUCUGAAAACUGCCACAUGGACCAGCCUGAUUCUGAACUGGAGCAGGGAGUGAUCAGCUCUGGAUGUGAGCCUCAGGAGACGGAGCGAAUCCCUCGGCCCUUGAGCCCCACCAAGCUGCUGCCCUUCAUCUCUAACCCCUACCGGCACCAGAGCGAAAUGGAACUGGAUGCUCUGAGAAAGAAGCUGUACAAUGCACCUCGGCCCCUGAAGAAGCGCAGCUCCAUCACAGAGCCCGAGGGCCCCAACGGCCCUAACAUCCAAAAGCUGCUGUACCAGAAGACCACCUUGGCCGCCAUGGAGACAACGGGUUCUGCUCCUUUCUAUCAGCCAAAUCCAGCACCAGAGGAAGAAAAUGGGCCACACGAAGAAGCCACCAGCACGAAGGACAAAGAGGGCCCUGAAAUUGAAGCAGUGCCUGAAACAGGCACAUCAGAAGCCAACGUGAUAAAAGAACAGGAGGAGUUUAUACCCCCUCCUCCACCCUCCCACCCUGCACCCAUACCUGAAGGACUGCUGGAAUCCCUGAGCUCCCAACUGCCCCCUGGAGAGGAGGAGAAUGACCCCAGUGCCCCCCUGCCUCUGGAGGCCUACAUGGAGGAGUAUCCACCAUACCCUCCUCCUCCCUACCCUAUCACGGGGGAGCAGGAGAACCUCGGAGAGGACACCUUCAGCAUGCGGCCCCCUGAGAUCACAGGCCUGGUUUCGCUCCCACCGGGUAAGAGGACAAACCUGAGGAAGACUGGCUCAGAGAGGAUAGACCACGCGAUGCGUGUAAAAUUCAACCCGCUCGCUCUUCUGCUCGACUCUUCUCUGGAGGGGGAGUUUGACCUGGUGCAGAGAAUAAUAUACGAGGUGGAUGACCCAAGCCAGCCAAAUGACGAAGGGAUCACAGCACUUCACAAUGCAGUGUGUGCCGGCCACACCGAAAUCGUCAAGUUCCUUGUCCAGUUCGGGGUGAACGUUAACGCGGCCGACAGUGAUGGCUGGACCCCCUUGCACUGUGCUGCCUCCUGCAAUAACGUCCAGGUCUGCAAGUUCCUCGUGGAGUCGGGGGCAGCGGUGUUUGCAGCGACGUACAGUGACAUGCAGACUGCUGCUGAGAAGUGUGAGGAGAUGGAGGAGGGGUACACUCAGUGCUCGCAGUUCCUCUAUGGUGUCCAGGAGAAGAUGGGCAUCAUGAACAGAGGGGUGGUGUACGGACUGUGGGACUACGAGGCUCAGAAUGAUGACGAGCUUGUGUUCAGAGAGGGGGACUGCAUGACGACUGUGAGGCGGGAGGAUGAGGAUGAGGUCGAGUGGUGGUGGGUGCGACUCGGAGACCAAGAGGGAUACGUUCCCCGCAACCUCCUCGGGCUGUAUCCAAGAAUCAAACCAAGACAAAGAAGCCUAGCGUAAAGAUUCUGGAGUAAACCCUCAAACCCUUUUAAUCAGCCUACACAACAUCAGUAACCAGUAGCAGUGACAUGGUCCAAAGUCUUCAUAUGAAGAAAACACUACUACAUUUAAAUGAAGGAACAAUGUUUUCGCUCUUGUGAUAAUGUGAACACUGUUUGAAGGUCUGUUUCAGAAACUAAUAAAGGGAUUUAAACAAAAGGCCUUUUCCUACAAAUUAAGAUGAGUGGCUUUCACCUCUCUGUAAUUUGGUGAAAUGUCACCAGUAAAGUAUGUUCAAGCAUGAAGGUCCAGCUUUAAGAAUAAUUAAGAAAAACUAAUAUUUUUGUGUAGAAAGACUUUUUUUUUUCAUGAGACUUUGAAGGUCUAACAUCAUAACAAGUACAAGAUUGUAAUGUUCAAAUUUUAAUACAACAUACCAGGCUUCAUUUAUAUGGUGGGUAUUGUCAUCUGAAGGCCAAAAAUUAACAGCAAGGCUGUUUUUGGAACCUCUUCAGUACAGUGCUUGGCUGGUCACAAUCAUGUUGACUGUAGAGAAAAGUGAUUGAUGCUGUCUGUAGUGUUUGUUUUUAUCAGAGCAAAAAUGAUUUUUUUUACUCAAUAAAAACAUAGUUGAUAGGGCUUCAGUUUAUUAAUGGCUCCCAGUUGCAUUUUAUUAAUAUAGACAACAAAUUAUAACUUUUUUAAGAUAAAAUUGAUUGUUGAUAAGUGGUUUAGCUACAGUCAGAACUGGUAUAUGCGUCUAACCAAGUGUUAGUAUAUUUUAACUUGUAUCAUGAAGGUGAAGUAAUCAAUUUCUGCCUAGAUCUCUCCAAACAAUGACUUUUGUAUACAGUGAGAAUAUUGGAGUCCUGGCCCAAAUAAAGAUGCCCUCUGUUUAAUGAAGCUGCUGUUACUGUAUAAAGCAAUAAUAAUAAUUACAAAGGUAUACAUAUCUUCAUGAACCAAACAACACUUGAGAUUAAAAUUUCUAUAUUACCUUUUAAUAAAUGUGCUCUACAUAGAUGGAGACAUUCCUGGUUUUACUGAGAGUUCAGUUUGUUUUAGUUGAGUUUAAAUAGGUGAGCAAUGGACACAAAUAUCUCAGGUGGGCCCCAUGAAAAAUCCUGGAACAGUACAAUUUAGAAAGGCUCAAACUCCUAUGGAGUUAUUGCAGUACAAACCCAAAACUUACUGAGCAGGUGCAGUCAGACAAUUUGUGGACAGACACUGAACACUGAACUUCUUAAACACCAUGUUUGGAAAUAAACAUUGCAGUGACUGCAUUUAUGAAAAUCCUCCUAUUGACCGCAUUUAAUAAAAAGUGACAUCAGCCUAACUGCCCCUGAAAAAAAUAUUAGCGCUAUAGCUCGUUAUGGUACCACCUCCAAGUGCAAUUGUGCAGGAGAGUAUAUUUAGCUGCAGCUGGUACAUACUGGAGAUCUCACAAUGGCUGUCAGAUUUAGCUUUUUAAAAAAAAUUGAUCCUCAUCAAUAAAAACCUUUACGUCCAGAAGUCAUAACAGUAUCCAGUCUUUUAUCAAGCAAUACAUUCCAUGUAUUAUUGUAGCAAAGUUUAUAUUACUUAGAAGUUUCACUGCACGACAGGGUAAUUCCAAGCUAUUAAAGGAUAUCCAUAAUUGUGUAUAUUAAGUUACUAAUAUACAUAUCCCUGAAUAUUCAUUCAUUGUUUGGAGCAGUGUAGACCUUAAAGUUCAAAGUAAUGGUUCCACAAAUGUUUGUUUUGUUUUGUGUUUACUUGUUUUGGUUUUCUAUUCUAUAAUAAUUCUAAGAUCACUUGUAGAGUUUAAGGAUCCACAAUAAAAUACUUAAUGAAUGUG